AUGGAGGCACCCGGGCUGGCCAAGGAGGCCACUGCGGACCCCGACCCUCCGGAGAGCCAGGCCGAGACUCCCGACGGCGCGCCCGCGCACUUGCCGGCUUCCGACGCACCCGCGCCCGAGUCACCUGCCUACCGCCUGCAGGACUUCGACACGCUGGCCACCGUGGGGACGGGGACCUUCGGACGGGUCCAGCUGGUCAGGGAGAAGGCGGCCAAGCAUUUCUUCGCUCUGAAGGUCAUGAGCAUCCCGGACGUCAUCCGGCUGAAACAGGAGCAACAUGUGCACAACGAGAAGUCGGUCCUGAAGGAAGUCAACCACCCGUUUCUGGUCAAACUGUUCUGGACAUGCCAUGACGACCGCUUCCUGUACAUGCUCAUGGAGUACGUGCCCGGCGGGGAGCUGUUCAGCUACCUGCGCAACCGGGGGCGGUUCUCCAGCUACGCGGCCCUGUUCUACUCGGCGGAGAUCGUCUGCGCCCUCGAGUACCUGCACUCCAAGGACAUCGUCUACCGGGACCUGAAGCCUGAGAACAUCUUGCUGGACAAGGACGGCCACGUCAAGCUCACCGACUUCGGCUUCGCCAAGAAGCUGGUGGACAAGACCUGGACCCUCUGCGGGACGCCCGAGUAUCUGGCACCUGAAGUCAUCCAGAGCAAGGGCCACGGCAGAGCUGUGGACUGGUGGGCCCUGGGGAUCCUCAUAUUUGAGAUGCUUUCGGGGUUCCCUCCCUUCUUCGACGACAACCCGUUCGGCAUUUAUCAGAAAAUUCUUGCCGGCAAAAUCGAUUUCCCCAGACAUUUGGAUUUCAAUGUAAAAGACCUCGUUAAGAAACUCCUCGUGGUGGACAGGACCCGGCGCCUGGGCAACAUGAAGAACGGAGCCGAGGACGUGAAGAGGCACCGCUGGUUCCGGACGGUGGACUGGGAGGCUGUCCCGCAAAGGAAACUCAAGCCCCCCAUCGUACCCAAAGUGUCUGGGGAGGGCGACACCUCCAACUUCGAAUCUUACCCUGAACACGACUGGAACGCAGCCCCGCCGGUGUCCCCCGAGGAUCUGGAAGUCUUCAAGAAUUUCUGAGCACGGGAGUCCACGCCGGGCAGAAACGGGAUGAUUUGAGCCUUCCUUGGGACAGAGAGGGUCGCGGCCUUGAAGAGAUGCCUCCUGGACGUGCCGGGGACCGUCCCCCACGUGUCCACGCCCUUGUGUAUAAAAACGCAGCGGUGCGCGGUGCGUCACCGCGGGCCUACCUCCCGUUCAUGAAGCAACUGGAAGUCUAUGGCACAGUAGGAAAAUUGGAAAAAUUGUCUGCUUGUCCAUUGUACCUUGUUCUUUGGCCUGGGUUCCUACCGUGUGGACACCUUUACGCGUUUGAGACUCAGCUUUAUGCGUUUGAACGGAGCGUGUUUGGUCAAAACUGCGGAUGGUGCGUGCACGGGCGCGUGCGGGUAUGUGUGUGCGUGUGUGUGUGUGUGCGUGUUUAUGCCUAAAAGAUAACAUGGCAGAAACCACGUGUCCAGGUCAAUAUUGACACCUGGCGGAGCCUACCGUGUUUCGUUUUCCAAUUUCUUUCUGAAGCAGCUGUUCUCUGGGGAACAACACCUUUUGGGUUUUAUCACCUUCUCCGCCUUCUUAGUCAACGGUGAAGAAAACACCACGUGGCAUGUUAUCUCUGGUCUCUCACAUGCUUCCUAUUCGGUCAUGGUGGGUCCUGAGACUAGAAGGAAAAGGGAAAGUGACUUGGGUUUCCAUUUUUGUCCGAGAAUAGCCCGUGACCACUCAUGUUGUUCCCGGAAUAGGGUGCCCCGAAGAAAUUGUCUGUAUCCCCCAAAACUCCACGUUGCCUCGCGGGAAGGCUCCCUGUAAAAACCCCAGUUGAAGUCUCUUGAACACAAUGUACAUCCCAACGCUAACAGGGUAGUUGAAAUUGGGUCAGUGGCAUGGAUGACCUUCCGGCACAGGUGACUUUUCCAUUUUCAUUUGGAGGAAAAGCCAGAAACACGUGAGCUCUGGGAGUCAAAGGAACUUCACGGUUUAUGUUCAGUUUUGUUAUUUCUAUUUUUUUCUCUCUUUGUAUAAAGGGUCAAGUUGAGAGUCUCCCACACAAUCAGGUCCCAUAGAUCUGGCAGGCUUGGGUGACGUCAUCUGGGUGGGAUUGCUUGUCCUUGGACCUGAUUAUGAUGACGCCUUGACGUGAACCCUACAAACACUUCUCCUUAGGGUUGGCUUCCUGACAGCCAGAGGUUGGGGUCGCUGUCAUCAGUGUGUCCUCAGAGGCUGACCUUCCCCAAACCGGGGCGCUCAGACAGGUCCUUGGAGCCUGCGUUAUCCAUUGUCUAUUUUCUUCUCUACUCUUCGGCCUCAGCUUUGGGGUUCCGCACUCUGCGAACCUUUAGUGGGCUGCCCAUCGCGGGCCCUUCUGGGUCACCAGAACAGCAGAAUUGCCCAAAUCCGUUGUGCACCUGCUGAGAGGACUCAGCCAUGAGCUUCUCCACGGAGACUUGGCGUCUGAGCAUGAAGGAGUAGGUUCCAGAGCCUUCGGUGUUUGCAAAGCUGCACCCACCUGAACUCCAGGACCCCUUCUGCCCCCUGUCUUCCCUCUCCUCCCAGCGAGACCACUGUUUAGGCAGGUUCCGUGAGAGUGGGGUGUGCC